AUGCUGCGGCGGCUGGCGUCCCGCUGCGCCCGGAGCCUGGGGGCCCGCGGGGGCGCGCGUCCUGCCGCGGGGCUCCGCCACCUGGGCCGCAGCCCCCGCCGCCGGGCCUCCGAUGCUCCCCGGAACCAGCCCCCCAGCUCCGAGGUCGUGGCCCGGCCGGUGGGCGUCUGCUCCAUGAUGCGGCUGCCGCUGCAGGCCUCCCCCCAGGGGCUGGACGCCGCCUUCGUCGGGGUGCCCCUGGACAUUGGGACCUCCAACCGGCCCGGGGCGAGAUUUGGACCCCGGCGGAUCAGGGAAGAAUCCGUGAUGCUUCGGACAACCAACCCUAGCACGGGGGCCCUCCCCUUCCAGACCCUCUCGGUUGCAGAUCUAGGUGAUGUGAAUGUCAAUCUUUACAACCUUCAGGACAGCUGCCGUCUAAUUCGAGAGGCCUAUCAGAAAAUCGUAGCAGCUGGCUGUAUUCCUCUGACCUUGGGUGGAGAUCACACAAUCACAUAUCCUAUAUUGCAAGCGAUGGCCAAAAAGCAUGGCCCCGUGGGGCUGCUGCACGUGGAUGCCCACACGGACACGGCUGACAAGGCCCUCGGCGAGAAGGUCUAUCACGGGACGCCCUUCCGCCGGUGCGUGGACGAGGGACUCCUGGACUGUAAGCGUGUGGUGCAGAUCGGCAUCCGGGGCUCUGCCAUGACCCUGGAUCCCUACAGAUACAGCUGGAGCCAGGGCUUCCGGCUGGUCCUGGCUGAAGACUGCUGGAUGAAGUCCCUGGUUCCUCUGAUGGGGGAAGUGAGGCAGCAGAUGGGAGGCAAACCCAUGUACAUCAGCUUUGACAUUGACGGCUUGGAUCCCGCCUAUGCCCCGGGGACAGGGACGCCCGAAAUUGCUGGUCUCACCCCUAGUCAGGCGCUGGAAAUCAUCCGGGGUUGUCAAGGCCUGAACGUGGUGGGCUGUGAUCUUGUGGAAGUGUCACCGCCUUAUGAUCCUUCUGGAAACACGGCCCUCCUGGCGGCUAACCUGCUGUUUGAGAUGCUGUGUGUGCUCCCCAAAGUGACAGUCGUCUGA